UCUGCUGUUCCCCGGCAGAGGGGGGUUGUGGCAGGGGAGAGAGUGUCAUCCUGAUCGGUUUUCCAGGAUGAACUGACUGGGACAACAAGUCAGCAAUGUUCGGGAGGUCGAAGAGCUGGGUGAGCGGCUCCGGGCGCUCCUCCUCCGGCGUCCAUUCCCUGGACCGCCUGAAGUACAUGUAUCAUGUCCUAACCAAGAACACCACCGUGACAGACCUCAACCGCAACCUGCUGGUGGAGACCAUUCGUUCCAUCACAGAGAUCCUAAUCUGGGGAGAUCAGAAUGACAGCUCAGUGUUUGACUUCUUCCUGGAGAAAAACAUGUUUGUCUUUUUCUUGAACAUUCUGCGACAAAAAUCCGGCCGUUACGUCUGCGGGCAGCUACUUCAGACACUCAACAUGUUGUUUGAGAACAUCAAUCACGAGACAUCUUUAUAUUACUUGCUGUCUAAUAAUCAUGUGAAUUCCAUCAUCGUCCACAAGUUUGAUUUUUCUGACGAGGAGAUAAUGGGUUAUUAUAUCUGCUUCCUAAAAACGCUCUCUGUGAAACUGAACAGCCAUACUGUACAUUUCUUUUACAAUGAGCACACCAAUGAUUUUGCUCUUUACACUGAAGCAAUUAAAUUCUUUAACCAUCCUGAGCACAUGGUCCGAGUGGCGGUGAGGAACAUCACUUUAAAUAUCUACAAAGUGUCAUUUAACAACCAGCCCAUGUUACACUAUAUUAGAGAUAAAACCGCCGUGCCCUAUUUCUCCAAUCUGGUUUGGUUCAUUGGAAUUCACCUCAUUGAGCUUGAUAAGUGUGUCCAGACUGAUGAAGAACACAAGAAUCGCGGAAGCCUCAGCGACUUAGUCUCUCAGCACCUGGACCAUCUGAAUUAUCUCAAUGAUAUACUGAUUAUCAACUGCGAGUUUCUUAAUGAUGUCCUAACGGACCAUCUACUCAACAGACUCCUACUCCCCCUAUACGUCUAUUCACUGGUGACCCAGGACCAGACGACAGACCGUCCGAGAAUAAGUCCUCAAGUUUCCUUGUACCUCUUGUCCCAGGUGUUUUUAACAAUACAUUAUGCUCCUUUGGUGGACUCGCUGGCGGAUGUCAUCUUAAACGGCGACCUCUCUAUGUUUUCAUCUAAACCAGAACGUGAUGUUCAACGAAGUUCCGGUGAAUCCAGCAUUAGAUGUUUUAUAAAGCCUCAGGAGAGUCUAGAGAAGUCCCUUGAGAUUAAUCGGCAAAGAGGGAAAAAGAAAUUGCAAAAGAGACCAAACUACAAAAAUGUUGGUGAAGAAGAGGAGGAGGACAAGCACCCUGAUGAUGAAGACCCUUCAAAAUCUGCAGACAUUGGCGCAAAAGGAGCAAAAGCUAUUGGUGAGACCUCAGAAAUAGAAAUGGUGAUCAUGGAAAGAUCAAAAGCGGCAGAAAAGCCCAUGCUGCAUGUUAAAGAGGAAAACACGACCGAUGAGGAGAAGAGUGCCGCUGGGGCACAGGCCGCUCCGAGCAGGCCCUUCUUGGACAUGGUUUACAGUACACUGGAAGGCACAGAUGAUGACUACUAUACUCUGUUUGUCUUAUGUCUUCUUUAUGCUAUGUCCCGUAAUAAUGGAAUAAAUCCUGAUAAAUUGGAAAAAAUCCAGUUGCCGUUGAAGCCAGCUAAAGACAGCCAUUCCUACAACCAUGUGUUAGUAGAGAGAUUGAUAAGAAUAAUGAGCCAGGCGGCACAGCCAGAUGGAAAAGUGCGUUUAGCCACACUGGAGCUUGCAUGUACUCUCCUCAAGCAGCUAGUUCUGAUCGAUGGCGACUGUAUUAUAAAAGAUGUCCACCUAGCCUGUUUGGAGGGUGCGAGAGAAGAAAGCGUUCAUCUCCUGCGACACUUCCAUAAGGGAGAGGAAAUUUUUCUGGACAUGUUUGAAGACGAGUACAGAAGUAUGAUGAGCAAGCCUCUGAACGUGGAAUACUUAAUGAUGGAUGAAUCCAUUUUGCUUCCUCCAACUGGAACUCCUCUUACUGGUAUUGAUUUUGUCAAGCGUUUACCUUGUGGAGAUGUUGAAAGAACGCGCAGAGCAAUUCGAGUCUUCUUUAUGUUAAGGGCGCUCUCACUACAGCUACGGAAAGAGCCAGAGACUCAGCUUCCAUUGACCCGGGAGGAAGACCUGAUAAAGACAGAUGAUGUGCUGGAUCUCAAUAACAGUGAUUUAAUAGCGUGCACCGUAAUAACGAAGGAUGGGGACCACGUUCAGCGAUUCCUGGCUGUGGACAUCUAUCAGAUGAGUCUAGUGGAACCAGACAGUAAAAGACUCGGUUGGGGAGUUGUGAAGUUUGCUGGUUUAUUACAGGAUAUGCAAGUAACUGGUGUAGAAGAUGACAGCAGAGCUUUAAAUAUCACUAUCCACAAACCAGCAUCAACUCCCCACUCCAAGCCGUUUCCAAUUCUUCAAGCUACAUUUAUCUUCUCUGACCACAUCCGUUGUAUAAUAGCCAAGCAAAGACUUGCAAAAGGGCGCAUUCAAGCCCGACGGAUGAAAAUGCAGAGGAUAUCUGCUCUUUUAGAUCUACCAGUCCAGCCAUCGAAAGAAGUGAUGGGUUUUGGACACAGCUCUUCAUCAGCUCAGCACCUGCCCUUCCGGUUUUAUGAACAGUCUCGCCGCGCUGGGAGUGACGUCACUGUACAACGCUCUGUCUUUGCGUCCGUCGACAAGGUACCAGGUUUUGCCGUAGCCCAAUGCAUAAACCAGCACAGCGCAUCACCAGCAUCUUCUCCAUCACCCCCAUCAAGCGGCAGCUCCAGCAGCAGCACAGGGCCUUGUGAGUCUGUCACGUCCAGUUUAACAUCAACUCCAUCUGCAAUUCAGAGUCCAUCAGAUCUGGCAGGAAAGGAAGACGGCGAGUCUUUAGUCUAUCGGAGGCAGACAGUCACGGAGGACACUGGGUUUAGGCCCUCGAGCUACAACUGCCUCAAUGAGUCUCCCACUCCUGACCAACAUCCAGUGACCAUUUACAGUCAGAUGGAGUCCAGCGAUGACACUCAGUACACCGGCUCCAGAACUAGGAAAAGUUCCUUGCUAAAGUCAGAUGGUGAAAUAACAAACUUGGCCCCCAGCCUGACUCCAGCAACCCAGCCAACCAUCUCCUUAAUAUCUGAUGAUACUGAUGCGCUCAGCGUGGAAUCUCUAACAUUGGUCCCACCUGUCGAUCCGCAGAGUAUUCAUACAUUCAGUUUCAUUAUGGAAGCUUCAGAAGAACCUGGAGACUAUAUCCAGAAAGGAGAUGAAAAUGCUGAGCUUAGCAUGACUGGAAAAGCUGAUCUCCAUACAGAGCAAGAAGAAGAUGAGCAUUGAGAAUGGAAAUCAUUUCUCAUCUAUUUUUACAAUGUAAAGUGUAAAGCCAUAUUAUCAGCCUUGUUAAAUUGGAAACUGGGACUGCAUCUGGUGUGUUCUUCAAGGCUGAGGAUUACCAAUGACUAAACCCUGGUACCAUGAAAACAUUGUCACCUCCAAGCUGUCUAUGGACAUUCAAUAUGCACAUUCAUGGAAAAGAGCUAACGGCCUGCUACUGUAUAUGCUGCACACAUCUCCCUCGUGUUGCUACUAUGCUACGUUUUAUCUACUAAGAUUAGGACAGACCAAAACCACUUCAAUGACCAUGAAUGCAUUCAUAGUCUUGAUACUUUCUGUCCCACCUUGUCAUUUUGUUGUAAAUGUCUCUCUGUAAGGCCUCAUUCACACAUACGUGGACCACUGUCCGUGAAAACCCCCGACCUGCUGAGUGCACAAGUGCACGGCGUCAUUGGUUGCUAUGAGGCCAUGCGCUUCGUGCCGCCGCCACUGUACAGUUAUACACUCGUAUGAUCUAUACCAGUGUAUUACUGUACAGCGGCGGCACGAAGCGCAUGGCCUCAUAGCAACCAAUGAGGCCAGGUUUUCACGGACCGCGGUCCACGUAUGUGUGAAUGAAGCCGAAGGCAAAUUUGAAAUCAUUUUUUUGAUGGUAUUUGUCUUACAUGAAGGCGGAAAGUAGUACUUUGCACUGUUUGACAUUUUGGACUAUUUCUUUACACAGCCUGUGCCGGUAUUAUUUAUGUCUUUUAGAUUGUUUAUUUCUAUUUCACAGUUUGUUUUUUGUUUAGUUUUUUUGGCUACCAUCUUGGUUUCUAAUACACCAGCAACAGCUAUGAGUGCAAAGAGAAUUAGCUGUGCUGCCUCUAGGGGUUUCCAGCGAAUAUGUGAUAAGUCGUAAGAAUGAUCAAAUGUGGAGGUUAAGCCGAUGGAAAUUUCCCAAUCUUGUAAAUAAUGGUCACUCUCCUUUGAGUAUACAGUUGCUACUAAACCACAGUGUGCUUAUACAAAGUUUCUUAAAGGGUUUUUCUAAGACUUUUCUACUGAUGAUCUGUACUCUAGUCCUGGGACCCUGCCGAUCAGCUGGAUGAGAAGGAAGCGGUGCUUGCAUUGGAUACGUCAUUAGUUGAAAAGUCUCGGAAAACCUCUAUUGCCCAUUGACUUCAGUGAAGGGAAAGUGCACAUGUGCAGUUACUUUACCACCUUAGAUGGAAAAUACCCUAUGAAUAAGAGAAACCCACAUUCACUAGACCGGGGAUAACCCACCAGAAGUUCUCCAGCUGACUGCCAGUGCAUACAGGGAGUUGUAGUUCUGCAGCACCCAGACCGCCACAGGUUGGGAGUCACUGCUCUAGGCAAUACACCUAACAGUCGCCAUUUCAGAUAUGUCUGAUUGUAAUAGUUUUUGACUGUUACCCUUCACAACCAUCAUACAACAACUUUCAUGUGCUCUGGUGCAUUACAUAAUUCUUCCUCUGAAAUAAAUAAUGGAAUACAGUGUACAGAUUAGACACAUGGAGGCAAAUCUAAUUAAAGUUUAUUCAGUUUUAAGUCUU